UUAACUUCAUCUGUUUAGUUUAUUUUCUUCCUUGUAUAGCCUUGUUACCUGUUUGUCUUGCGAGUAAUAAACUGCUACGAAUAUAUACAAUAUAUAGAUAUAUGGAGUUUUUGGACCAUUUAUUGCUUUGCUAUCGUAUUGUAGGAUGUAAGUUUGCAAGCGUAGCUAAAGUGUCCUGAAUAGCUCCUGAGUGGACAGUAGUGCACUAAGUAGGGCGCGUCCGCCAUCUUGUGUAGUGCACUAAGUAGGGCGCGGACGCCAUCUUGUGUAGUGCACUUAUAUAGGGAGUGGGCAGCGAUUUGGAAUUUGGCCCCGCUUUGUUUAUCAGGACGUGAAAGGUGUUAGGUUUGAGGAUAAUUUUAAGAAGUGUCUGCGUUGUGUGGGCCGCUGUAAAGCUGUGUGUCGUCUUAAAUAUCAGAAAUAGAGCAGACAUUACCCAGCCAUGGACCUGACGGACUUUGAGGCGGAUAAUUCGGUCAGUUGUCGGCUGUCCUGUCCUGUCCCUGACCUCUGCAGGACUGAAGACUGCUGUCUGGGCAUCGACGAGGCCGGCAGAGGUCCUGUCCUGGGUCCCAUGGUGUAUGGAAUAUGUUUCUGUCCUGUGUCCAAAAAGGAGGACCUGAAGAACCUGAAAGUGGCAGACUCGAAGACGCUGAGCGAGGCAGAGAGAGAGAAUCUGUUUCUGAAGCUGGACGAGGCCAAGAGCUUUGUGGGCUGGGCUCUUCAGGUCCUCUCACCCAAUACCAUCUCCACUAGCAUGUUACAGAGGGCGAAGUAUAAUUUAAACGCUCUGUCUCAUGAUGCUGCUAUCGGGCUGGUGCAGUACGCUCUGGACUGCGGAGUGCAGCUCAAAGAGGUGUUUGUAGACACAGUUGGCCCGGCGGAGAAGUACGAGGAGAAACUGUCUCAGCGUUUUCCCGGAGUGAAGGUGACCGUACGGCCCAAAGCCGACUCGCUCUUCCCCAUCGUCAGCGCCGCCAGCAUCUGCGCCAAGGUGGCUCGAGACCAUGCAGUGAAAGGCUGGAAGUUCACAGAAGAUCUAGGUGAAGUGGACACCGAUUACGGCUCAGGAUACCCCAACGACCCAAAGACUAAGAGCUGGCUGUUGAAGUAUCUGGACCCGGUGUUUGGAUAUCCGCAGUUUGUGCGUUUCAGCUGGAGCACAGCACAGACUCUACUGGACAGCAAAGCGGUGCCUGUGCACUGGGACGACGACGAGGAGGACGGAGAGAAAGCAGCAGCUCGACAGAAUAACACGUCCAUGUUGUCAUACUUCAGCCGCAGCAAACCUGCCGGCAACACACACACACGAGAGACACACCGCUUCUUCACCGAGCGUAGAUUACAGAGCAUCGACACACUCUGAACACACAGACGCACAGUGUAGUCAUGCGUGUGUACACACACACACACGCGCACACACACACACACACUGUCGACUGUGAAGCAACAGCGCUCUGUGAAGGUCUUCUGGAAAUUUUUGUGUUGUAUUUUUUUAAACAAUUUUCUUAAUGUUCGAGUAAUAAAAUGUAUAUUUUAUACAUUAA